AUGGAAACAGGAAAUCUAACAAUUAUCAAGGAUUUUGUCCUUCUGGGACUUUCUGGAUCAGCAGAGCAGCAACAUUUCCUAUCUGUGCUCUUCCUAUGUAUGUACUUAAUCACUAUAUCAGGCAACAUGCUCAUCAUCUUGGUUGUGGGCUUUGACUUUCACCUCCAUUUACCCAUGUAUUUCUUCCUUAGUAACUUGGCCUUUGUUGAUAUCUGUUUUACCUCAACUACUAUCCCCCAAAUGAUAGUGAACAUCGUGACUGAUACACAGACAAUCUCUUUCAUAGGAUGCCUCAGCCAGCUUUUCUUCUUCAUUUCUUUUGUGAAUAUGGACAGCCUUCUUCUCUGUGUGAUGGCAUACGAUAGGUAUGUGGCAAUUUGCCGCCCUUUACAUUAUACUGCAAUUAUGAAUCUGCCCUUUUGUGUCCAGCUAGUGGCUGGGCUCUGGAUUGUCACUUAUCUCCAUGCCCUCUUACACACUCUCUUAAUGGCACAUCUGUACUUCUGUGCUUCCAAUAUCAUCCACCAUUUCUUCUGUGAUCUCAACCCUCUCUUGAAGCUCUCUUGCUCUGAUAUAUCCCUCAAUGUGAUGGUUAUUUUUAUAGUGGGAGGUCUAUUUGCUCUCACUCCCCUUAUCUGCAUCCUCAUAUCUUAUGGACUGAUCUUCUCCACGAUCCUGAAGAUCACGUCUACUCAGGGGAAACAGAAAGCUUUCUCCACCUGUGGCUGCCACCUAUCAGUGGUGGUGUUGUUCUAUGGCACAGCCAGUGCUGUCUAUUUCACCCCCUCCUCCUCUUUUACCCCUGAGAGUGACACCUUGUUAGCCAUCAUGUAUACAGUGGUGACUCCAAUGGUAAAUCCUUUCAUCUACAGUCUAAGGAACAACGACAUGAAGAGAACACUUCAGAAAAUGCUUUGUAAGGAUUUACACUUUUAG